AUGCCUUCCCUCGCGAAAAAGUCGAUGAAUUUCAUGAGAGACGUGUAUGCAUUGGCAAAUGAACACGCAAAUGGUCGACCAUCGACUCAACCACCAUUGCCAGUAGGAGGUCUAUCAGCGCAAUUUUCCGCACCACCAAAUCAGCAAUAUAAUACCAGUUACUCGUCCUCAUAUCAUCGACCCGUUUCUUCUCAAGGCCAAGCAUCUUUUCCACAGCCACAUGUAAUAGCAGGUCCAAAUCCCCUUCAAGUACCCGGGCCUCAGCAGCAGCCUUAUGGUUCUUGGUCGCCGACUCCACCAACUAAUUUUCCACCACCUCCAAUUCAUCACUCGUUAUCCGACCCGAAUGUCCACCAUGGUUAUACACCUCCACCUCAGCAAUAUCAAUUGACGCCUACUACAUCGUUCUCGACACCAGUCUCACCUGAAUCGCAAAUCUCAACGCCAGCUAGCGGCCAGUUUCAGUAUUUUUCUCCUCAGCAGAAGCCUCCUCUGCCGGCCAGACAACCCAGCCACCACACAGCUCAGUGGAACAAUCAACCACAUGUGACCCCCAGUACAUCGUUGCCAUUUUCCACCCCAUUAGGUUCGUUUCCACCUCCUGCUCAAUACGCCAGUCCUUCGCCACAAAAUGGGUAUGACCAGUACAAUCACAAUCCCCAAUACCAGGCUGUCAAUGGCAUCCCGGAUGCACGGCCACCGCCACCGCCGCUUCCGCAACGACCCAUGGCCCAAGGUCCUACUACUGCUCCGUCGGAGACAAAUCCUCAGAUGCACUACUAUCACCAUGGCCAACUACCAGCACUUACGGUUUCUGGGCCUCAACCAACAGGCGUUUAUCAUGAAAUGUCUGCAGACCCGGUUUCAAACCGUCCUAAACCAGAGCAGCUGAGCAACACGAUGGAAAGCACUGCACAACUCCAGGCCUCGGCAAGGCAAAACAGUCCGUCACGAGCGCCGGUACGACCAACGUAUAUGGCAGAGUUGCCAGGAUCCCCGGCCACCUGUUCUGAGAUUAGACCAGGCUCUUCGCAUCAUUCAACGGCAAGCUGGCCAGUGCCUGUUUCAAACGGUGCCCCAUCAGACCCUCCUUCGCCUUUGCACAGCAUAUCGACCCAUACUUCGGAGCACCAGAGGCAUGCGAGUCAAUCUGGGCAAGUUGUACAGGAUGUCAAUCAAUUGUUGACUUCCCCUCCUCAGCAGUCAAGCCAGCACAUGGGAUCAAAUAUAUCUCCUCAAACCCCAACAAUUCCGAUGGUUCAGUCACCCACUCCCAGUCAGCCUCCGCUGCAUCCACAGUUCUAUUCAAAUCCCAUCCCUCCCCCCCCUCCUCCCUCGGGUUCGGCAUAUAGUCCAAGCGAUUUCACACCAUCGCAACCAUAUCAGCAUAAUCCAACAAUGCCCACGAGCCCGCCAAUCUCCCCCGCACCAGCGGCGACACCUAGCUCGGCCUGUCAAACAUCCUUCGACAUGAGCUCACUGACUGCUGCAGUCAAUGAUGUCAAUGGUCGCCAGUCACCUUGGCAACAUCAGCCGUCCUCAGCCUCAUAUCAACAGAAUGCGUACCACAACACGAUGAACGUCCCAAUGCAUCACACUGGAACCACGCCUAUGGCGCCUAAUCAGAAUUAUCCACCCCUGAAUGCCUGGAGUAGCGCACCAUAUGAUCAGUCAUUGAUGGUUAGACCGCCACUGGUGGCACCUGUGUUGUCACAGCAUGCCGUAGUUCAAUCAAAUGUGCCAGCGAUGCAACCAUAUCAGCACCAGUGGCCCACACCAGCAAAUGGCCAAGUCUACACCUUGCCACCAACUCCUCAGAUGACUCCUCAGCUUCCUGCUCCCCAGCAUGCACGAGCACCAUCUUACCAGGGGGACCAUCGACAGCAUCCCGAAAAUCUUCCGAACACCAUGCGUGUGCAGCGCAGUGGUGAUCAACCAAGGGUUCGCAAAAUUCUAUCGCUUGAUGGAGGUGGUGUUAGGGGACUGUCGUCGUUGAUUAUCUUGAAACAUUUGAUGAAGAUGCUGGGUAGGAUUCGAGGCGCAGAAUUAAGACCGUGGGAAGAGUUUGAUAUGAUUGCGGGUACAUCAACUGGUGGGCUGAUCGCUAUCAUGCUCGGCCGCCUGCGAAUGUCAGUUGACGAGUGCAUUGAAGCGUACAAGCACCUUUCGAAAGAGAUUUUCGCACGAGCACGAUCGUCAGCAAAUGUUCCGGGCAGGGCUAUCGAUCUUGUAAAAGCUAAAGGAAGAUUCAGCUCCGAACCAUUGGAAAGGUGUAUCAAGAAACUCCUCAAGGACCACCACCUGUCUGAGGAUGAGUUGAUGGCCGAUAGGAAUCCGGACUCUCCAGCUAUGUUUGUAUGUGCUGUCGAGGGUCUUAACGCUGAUGCUAUUGUGAUUCGGUCUUACACAACUAAAGAGUUUGACGACCUGUCCGAUAUUUGCAAAAUCUGGGAGGCUGCUCGAGCCACCUCGGCUGCGUCCACAUUUUUCGACCCUAUCAAAAUCGCUGGUCGAGACUUCGUCGAUGGAGCCCUGAAGCACAAUAACCCCAUCGAGAAGGUCGACGAAGAAUCCCGUGAAAAAUGGCCAUCAGAUGAACGAUUGAUAAUUUCGAUCGGUACAGGCAGCGCCCCUGGACCUGACGUAACGGGAAAUUUGAAAGAUCUUGUUGAAGCAAUGGCGAAGAUUGUCACAGAGACCGAAGACCGGAGUAAUACUUUCCGAAGACGAAAUAAAGAUAUGGUUGACGCACACCGCCUCUAUCGAUUCAACGUAUUCCAUGGACUCGCAGAUGUGGGACUUGCUGAACACGAAGCGGCUGCGAAGGUUGAGGCUCACACAGGAACCUAUCUGCGAAAGUAUGACAUAGCGAGGGAAGUUGAACUUUGUGCUUCUUCAUUGAACGAAACUGGUCAACGGCUUGGUAUCAUUGCUGGUGAAGAGCUUGCUAUGUAUCGCGAGGUCCAACGAGUCUCGACAACGACUUGUGAGUUUUGUGAGGAUUGUCACCGAGGCAUUCCAUAUUCCGAGCCAUUAUUUUACUGUCCAGAAGAUAGUAUGCUAUUCUGUAAAGAUUGCCAGAUCACUCACGACGAUGGUCACAUGCGCAAGAUUCUCCGCCUCAAAUCUCUUCAGUGGAUGUCGAAAAUAUCUGGUGUUGCCACCACAGCAUCUUGUUGGCACUGUGCCAAAGAAACCAAAGUGAGAUGGGGGUGCGAAAAGUGUGACCUGGCGCUUUGCCGAAGAUGCGUGGGAAACAAUAGUCGUCGGGAGGAGUUUCUGAACGAACAUCAGACCAAACAACCUGAUCACCGUACAUUCAUGGCCAUUUAUCCUCCUUAUUGGACAACAACGGAACGCUGGAUUCGAGACAACUGCAUCUGCAGCACUCAACCAGAGAUCCCGGUCUAUCAUUGUGACAGGUGCCACGACAUUAUGAAUCUAGGAGCACGAUGCUAUAACUGCAGUACGUGUGCGUCCGAGUUCGGCUGUUCCCAAGUUUUGUGUACGGCUUGUUACCAGAAAGAGGACCAAAGACAUCUUUCACAGCACAGAUGGCAGACCACAGACUUUGUCAGAUUGCAACACGGCCCUGACGAACUGGACAAGGUUAAGAUAUACUAUGCUUGCCAGCAGUGUCCUGGUCAAGAAAUACAAGAAGGCCGCGAAUACCUUCACCCGCAUCUGAAUCUUCAGAUGCCUAUCUACCCUUUGAUGGAAGAGCUUUGCCGCUUUGCAAAUACACAAUUCUGCCAACGAUCUCGCAUAGCUCGCGACAAAGCCGCAUCCGACGACCCCACCGAGUUACUCUGCAAAUCAUGCCACGGAUUCGUCUGCUUCAACAAAAAAGCAGCUAUCUGCUUCACUAAGAAAUGUCUCUGGACAUAUUGCGAGGACUGCAUCAACGCCAAGACCAUUCACCACCGCCAUCCGCUUUAUGAAGUGACGAUCAAUCGAACCCCAGAAGGUGCAACAAACAUCGUCAGAUGCUGCAGCUGCUCCGAGAUGAUUGUUGCUGGGCUUUUCAAGGGUCUGUGGUGUAGCGAUUGUAACAAUUACGAUGUUCCCGCAUAUCAAGCUCUUGAAGCAGUGUAA